AUGUGCCACCACGUCAAGACCACCAAGCAUUGGCACUGUACCUCAUCCCUCAAGAAUCAAAAGUCCUCGGGCAACUGCGCUGUUGCUUGGAUUACUGACAUGCGCGAUCAGAACAUUGUCCGGUGCAUCCGUGAUCUUGAUCACCCGAUCUACACCUGAACAACAACAACAGCGACAACGACACUCGCCGAUUUAUAUACCCCUACUGCAAAACUCUCUCUAUUACUACAUUAGUCUUCUUCUUUACAUAUCUUCAUCAUUUUAUCAUCACAUCAUCUUCAUCUUCAUCCAACAUAUACUACUCUCAUUCUCUCCCUAGCUCUUAGACUGCCGCGCCGCUCGCUAGUACAUCCAUCCUGAUCAAUUAGCAACCUCUUCUUGCGGAUGUAUAUGCUUUUAUUUUUAUUAUUUCCAUUGUCUUUCUUUCUUUUCUUGUAUAGAACAAAAAGCACGCUCUCUUCUCUUUUCUUCAUUAUGGUCGAGGAAUUAUUAUUGCUGCUGCUACUACUUUAACUACUCUACUUUUUUCCCUUCCAUUCAUGCGUAAUCCAACUCCCUGCCCCUUGUUACUUUUUUAUUGCUUGUAUGAAAUGUCCAUUUUUUUCUUUUGUAAAUUUACCAUCAAGUAUUCCCUGCUUUUUGGAAGUUUUGAUACUCCGUAUAUAAUAAACGAACCAACAGCUCAUCUACAGCAAAACA